AUGGCUAUCGACAACCAGCAACGCUUCGGUGGAUUGAACUUCGACAUGCCUUAUACCAACCCACCACAGUUCACCAACCCGUGGACAUCACAGUCGCCGCCAGCUCAGAGCCAAGAUAUCUACGCUCAGUCUCACGGCCUACCGACCAAUGUCGGACUGGAUGGUAUUGCGAAGCAACAAGCUUCAAUGGGAUCAUAUGCUGGCGUACCCAUCAGCGCGGCAUCAGCAGGUAGCUCUCUCUUAGCAGACGCGUAUGGCACGCAGGAUUUACUCACCAUGUCCCAAGAUCAGUUACUGAGUCCUGUUCGUCCGACUGGCUUUGCAGCCGAAGCUCUCUAUGGCAAUGCGUCUUCUCCUGUUCACAGCAAUUACCCACCAACAUCGUCACCAUAUGACGCUAUGGGAUAUGCGCCUGCGCCGGUACGAUCAACAUACGCAAUCUCACACCAAGACACAAGACGUCUAUCCUCCACCCCGUCAGUAGCCUCAAGUUCUAGUUCUUACCCCGACAUCUCGGAGGAACGCCUCCAACGUCAAAACUCAAUUAUUGACUUUCACGACAGAGGAAUGCCAAAUGAUCAGACACGAAGCUUUGGCGAUGCCAUUGACGCGAGCAGAGGCAUGAUCGCAAUGAGCCAGAAUACGACACCAAGAAAUAUAUAUGGAGCGCAAGGACGUGUUGGAAGAGGAUCAGGUGAUUCGUACGGGUUUCCACCAGCGCAUUCAUCAAGUUCGUCGAUUUCAUCAUCGUCGAACUAUCCUUCAUAUUUCAACAGUGGAUCGGUAGAUUCAUCGGUUAGCGAUUAUUCUAAUGCCGGUUCAGACAUUGAGUCUGUCUCGUCACGGACGCUUCCAAGGCCAUCAAACUUCGCUUCGAGCAAUGGUUUACCGCCAGCGCCUCAGUCAAUGAUGGGUCAAUUCAGUUCAAAAGUAUCAUCAAGCACACAGAAGAAACACAAGUGCAAGGUUUGCGACAAGAGGUUUACGCGACCAAGUUCGUUACAAACGCACAUGUACAGCCACACAGGCGAGAAGCCAUUCUGCUGUGAAGUUGAAGGUUGCGGUAGACAUUUCUCCGUCGUCUCCAAUUUAAGAAGACAUCGCAAAGUCCACAAAGGGGAAGCGAUGUCAGAAGCUGGGUCCGAGGACCAUCAUUCAGAUGAUUGA